AAUAAACAUGGCGAUUACUAUCAUCUCUAGCAAGCAAUGCACGGACUGCAAUGCAUCAUCUGUUCUGAAAGGUUCCUUCUUCUACAUUCAAGUUGAAAAAAGAAUUCGCCUCAAACUGUAUUGUAGUAAAUAUUGGUCAUAAUAUCCUAUGCAAUGCCUGUUCAGGCACCACAGUGGGCGGAUUUUCUAUCCUGUCCCAUUUGCUACAAUGAGUUUGAGUGCAUUGUCCGACGUCCAAUUAGUCUUGGAUGUGGUCACACAAUGUGCAAAAGCUGCUUAUCAAAACUACAGCGGAAGCAGUGUCCUUUCGAUCAGACAGUCUCUAAUACAGAUAUUAGCCAGCUUCCUGAAAAUUACGCUCUUCUUCAACUCGUUGGUGGAAGAGUCCCUGAUGCAACAAAUUCAGCUGUUCCUUUAAUAUCUAAAGAUGAUUUUAAAUAUUAUGUAGAAACAAAGAAAUGCAUAGAAGAUUUGGCCUUGUAUCUUAAAUCUACACCUCUAAAUACAACAAAUGGUAUUUCUCAGACCAAUCCACUAAGUAGAUCUAUGCAAAGGAAGUUAAUCAGCAUUAUCAAUUGUCAACUGGUAGAAGAAGAAGGUCGAACUCGUUGCAUGAGGGCGGCUAGAUCACUUGGUGAUAGGUCUGUAACAGAAUUGAUCUUGCAGCAUCAGAAUCCUAUGCAAUUGUCAUCCAACCUGUGGACUGCAGUCAGAGCACGAGGUUGCCAGUUUUUAGGUCCUGCUAUGCAAGAAGAAGUUCUGAAAUUAGUCCUACUUGCUCUGGAAGAUGGUUCUGCAUUGUCUCGAAAAGUUUUAGUUAUGUUUGUAGUACAACGCCUUGCUCCCCACUUCCCCCAGGCUUCAAAAACUAGCAUUGGUCAUGUAGUGCAGUUAUUGUACAGAGCAUCUUGCUUUAAAUUGUCCAAGUGUGAAGGUGAUUCUUCGUUGAUGCAACUUAAAGAUGACUUCCGCACGUAUGAAUUUCUCAGGCGAGAGCACGAUACACAAAUAGUACAGAUCGCUACUGAAGCUGGGCUGCGCAUUGCUCCUGAGCAGUGGUCUUCCCUCCUUUAUGGCGAUACAGCCCACAAGUCACACAUGCAAUCAAUAAUUGAUAAGUUGCAAACUCCACAAUCGUUUUCACAAAGUGUUCAGGAAUUGAUAAUUGCAUUGCAAAGAACUGGAGAUCCAGGAAAUCUGUCAAUACUGAGGCCUCAUCUAGAGCUGCUUGCUAGCAUUGAUCCAAGCCCAGAUGCACCGCCUCCUUUGUGGAAGGACUUAAAAAAUGUUUUAGAAGCUGCUCGAGUUGUUGUUAAAGGACUGGUGGAGUUUGUGGAGAAUUUCGGCUGUCGUAAGUUGCAAGACGAUAGGCAUUGUUUAAAUGCUAAAUACAAGACGAGUAUGUGUCGUGAUUUGACUCAACGUGACAAUUGUCCUCGGGGUGUUAAUUGCACAUUUGCACAUUCCCAGGAAGAGCUUGAAAAGUAUAGAUCAAAGAAGAAACGCAUCGCUGGAAGUCUUUCCCGUAUGUGUUCCGGAAGUAUCAGCCCGGAAACAGCAUCUGGUAAACAGAAAGAAAGCCUUUCUCGUCGUAGCUCUUCAACAGACUGCAUAAAUGGACAUCUUCCAUUUGAAAGAUUUAAAAUAUCAAAAGAAUAUGCUUCUGUGAAUCAUUCGGAUGAAGGCUUUAAUGAUAUCUCCUCUUGUGUCAGCUCUACGUCUUCUAUAUCAGAAAAUGCUUUUCCUAGGAAUGAAAUGUUGGAAAAAUCUGCUAUGUGCGCUAAGUCUUUAAUGGAUUUGCAUAAACCUGCAGAGCAUUCUUUGUUGAAUCCAGAAAGUCCAGCAUUUCAACCAUUAUCUAUUAAACCUCAUGGCCUGCCACUCCCUUCAUCGUCAAAAAUUUUAAGAGACCAUAACUUUGCUUGCUCACAAAAUUACGGGUCUUCUUUCCCAUCAAAUCUAGAUUUGAAGCGCGGAACUGAAAACGAAAAACCUAAAUGCACGAUCAAGAUUCAUAAUAAGUGUUUAUCUCGGGAAAUUUCUCCAACUCCUGAUUCAGCUCCUUCAUUCUCUGCAAAACCCAUGAGUUGUGGCACAAAUGCCUUUUUAUGUAAAGCAUAUAAUCAAUCUGUACCUUACAAAGCAGUUUUGAAAAAGCAAAGUCUUGAUGGUGAAACUUUAGCAGGUUUACACCAGAGAAAGAAACAACUGUUAGCUCAACUAGACGAGGGAAAAUGUAUGAAGGAUUGUGCUUCACAUCCUGAAAAUGCUGUUCUUUCUUGUUUUUGUGCACAGGCACCUAUUUCAGAGCUAGAUGUAGUAGAAGAAUCUAACUCUUCUUCAUACUACUCCACUUGGUUAACUAAUAGCAUAUUUUCAUCUCCGACAAAUUGUACUAAUAGCAGCUACACAUCAUUAAACUCAUCUGGCAGUGACUUUAAUUCAUCAAAUUCAACAGCAGAAUUAGAAGUUGAUAUCACAGAUAUAAGCGAUUCAAACUCAAGUAUAUUUUGUCCUUCUGAAAAGGAUGAAUUUAUUCCCUUUGGUCCUCCAUUAGUGUCUAAAUAUGGCCCAAUAUCAAGAGGUUCUAAAGGUUUAAUUCGUGGCCCAGCCCCUAUCCAAGUUAAUGCUGUGUCACAAAUGGGUGAACUUACUAGUCCAACGUCUGUGGUAUGUCAUCCUUUACCUUCAGCUUCAUUAGCACCUACUUUCUACGCUGCAACUGCUCCAAGUUUUGCAGUUCCUGUAGCCAUCAUACCGGAACAGUAUUUAGCAGUUGUUGAGCCUUCUUCACGCACAGUUGUAGUUCCGGUAGCUGUAGAUUGCCCAGUUUGUCCUUCUAAAGACUCUGAUAUCAUUAACAUUAAGAAUGGGCAGGUAGGAAAAACUUUUCAAGAAUUAGAGAAUUGCAUACCUGAUAGUUUACACAACACACGUUUGCCGGAACAUGUACAAAAUGAGGGAUUUUAUGCGCAUGAUCUGAAAGAAGAGUUGUGGGAAAUUGAAAAGGCUAUCCAAGAGAGAGAAAGCAAAAUUUCAAAGGAUGGAGUGCAAUAUGUUGAACAACCGUACAGGCAACAUUAUGAUGUGCCUGGAAGUGGAACUGUUCCUACUUCCACAGGACCAUGGCCGUCUCAGAGUUUAGAGAACCUCCCACUCAAAUACUCAGAUAACUUCUUACUAUCCCCAAACGUAGUGUUCGAAGACUGAAUAAUUUGUGACUGUUUGAUUCGAGUCAUAGUCAUGUGACAUUGUGAAAUAUUGAGUUGUUUGAAAUUUGAACCAUCUCG